AUGGAGGACAAGCUAAAGCUCGUGGAAGCCGAGUCUGUCAAGAAGUUCGCCUUCUUCGGUGUUGCCGUCUCAACUGUGGCCACACUGACAGCUAUUGUGGCAGUACCUAUGCUUUGCAUGUACAUGCAGAACGUACAGUCUGGUCUUCAAGACGAGAUCAACUUCUGCCGUACACGAGCUGAAGGACUUCGUGGAGAAUACACUAAGAUCGAGUCAUUCCGUAAGGUCGAAUCUCGUGAGAAGAGGCAAACCUACCAAUGCUGCUCUUGCGGUAUGGGACCUGCUGGACCAGUCGGUAACCCAGGACAGGAUGGAGCCCCAGGAAACGAUGGACGUCCAGGAGCGCCAGGAGCACCAGGACCCGAUGCACCCAACGAUCACAUCAUUCCUCGCCCAGAAGACUUCUGCUUCGAAUGCCCACCCGGCCCAGCUGGAGCCCCAGGACAGCCUGGGCCCAAGGGACCUCCCGGAACCAACGGAGCCCCCGGAGAGCCAGGACCCAAUGGACGACCAGGUGCACCAGGUGGCCCCGGACCCCAAGGACCACCCGGCCCCAACGGAAACGAUGGACAGCCAGGACAGCCUGGAGCUCCCGGACAAGUCCGCACCGUACCAUCACCUCCUGGACCACCAGGACAACCCGGAGAGCCAGGUCCACAAGGACCACCCGGACCCGAUGGACGCCCAGGAAGCCCAGGAACCCCCGGAGCUCCCGGACCACAAGGAGAUCCAGGACAGGAUGGAGCCCCCGGAAACCCAGGAGCCGCCGGAGAUCCAGGAGCACCAGGAAAAGAUGGAUCCAAGGGAUCUUGCGAUCACUGCCCACCACCACGCACAGCUCCCGGAUAUUAG